AUGACAUUCGACGUCAUUACGCACUACGCCUUUGCGCGCUCGUUCGAGUACAUGGAAGAUCCGAACUUCGAAGCGCCUUUCACCAACGCGGCGAAGGAACUCGCAACGACGCUGCAUACCAUGGGCCACUUCCCAUGGCUCUUGUCUCUGCUGCAGGCGCUCCCCCAAAGGUGGUCGGUGGCGAUGAAUCCAGCCAUGGGCGCUAUCUUUGGAUUCCAUGGGGAAAUCGAAGACCAAAUCCGCGCCAUCAAGUCUGGAUCCAACGACGCACACAAGGAUGUCGAACAUAAAACGGUGUUUAGCGAGCUUCUCAACUCUGAUCUGCCUACCGAAGAAAAGGCGGUUGAGAGACUCAAGCACGAAGGCGGGUCCAUCGUUGCAGGCGGCGUCGAAACAACGUCAACCGCCUUGUCCAAAGCGACCUUCUACAUACUCGAGAACCCGGCUAUUGCGGCAAGGCUGCGUGCAGAACUAGGCACUGUGUUUCCAGACCCGCACGUGGCCCCGUCUUUAGCCACUCUGGAAGCACUGCCGUACCUCAGCGCAAUCGUCAACGAGACCCUUCGCAUCACGAUUGGCAUCUCCUCACGCACAGCGCACAGGUCUCGCAAAGAGCCUAUCACGUUCAAGGACAUCGUUAUCCCAGCCGGUACCGACUUUAGCAUGACGGCGUACUACACGCACACGAACCCGCGCAUUUGGGACAAGCCGCAUGAGUUUGUGCCCGAGCGCUGGCUUGAGAAGGCGUUGGCGAAGAAUGGCGAGCCACUAAGGGUGAGAGUGCUGGUAAAAUGA